AGUGCUGCUCUGCGCCGCGCCGCGCUCGGUGCCCGCUCUCCCUGCUCCGCGCUCCCCGCCAGCCGCCCCGGGGCAGGAGGCGCGCCUGACUGCCGGCCCGCCAGACAAAGGAGGCGCGGCUCGGCGGAGCCAGCGCGCGGACGGACGGACCAUGGACUCGGAGCGCGGGCGGCCGGCCCCAGCCCUGGGGACCCGACGCUCCCGGGCCCGGCCCUAAGCGCCCGGCCCCGCCGCCCGGCGCGCCCAGCGGGGAAGACGCGGAGCCCGCGCGGCGCGAGCAGGCGGCGGCCGCCGAGCAAGAGGGGCGCCGCGGCGGGCGGCCCGCGCAGCCCCCGGAGCCAUGGGCAAGUGCAGCGGGCGCUGCACGCUGGUCGCCUUCUGCUGCCUGCAGCUGGUGGCUGCGCUGGAGCGGCAGAUCUUUGACUUCCUGGGCUACCAGUGGGCUCCCAUCCUAGCCAACUUCCUACACAUCAUGGCAGUCAUCCUGGGCAUCUUUGGCACCGUGCAGUACCGCUCCCGGUACCUCAUCCUGUAUGCAGCCUGGCUGGUGCUCUGGGUUGGCUGGAAUGCGUUUAUCAUCUGCUUCUACUUGGAGGUUGGACAGCUGUCCCAGGACCGGGACUUCAUCAUGACCUUCAACACAUCCCUGCACCGCUCCUGGUGGAUGGAGAAUGGGCCUGGCUGCCUGGUGACACCCGUUCUGAACUCCCGCCUGGCUCUGGAGGACCACCAUGUCAUCUCUGUCACUGGCUGCCUGCUUGACUAUCCCUACAUUGAAGCCCUCAGCAGUGCCCUGCAGAUCUUCCUGGCACUGUUCGGCUUCGUGUUCGCCUGCUACGUGAGCAAAGUGUUCCUGGAGGAGGAGGACAGCUUUGACUUCAUCGGAGGCUUUGACUCCUACGGAUACCAGGCGCCCCAGAAGACGUCGCAUUUACAGCUGCAGCCUCUGUACACGUCGGGGUAGCCUCUGCCCAGCGCCCACCCCGGCGCCUCGCCCUGGGCUGCUGGACUGACCGCUGCUGCCGCGAGCUCGGGCCAAGGAGCAGGCGCGCCCCCUGGUGCCCCGCGCGCCCACUGCAGCCUGCGCCCGCCCCUGGGUCUGCAGCCGGAGACGCGGACUUGGUCUUGGACUUGGACUUGGCUCUUCACAGCCCCGACUUCGGAGGAGUGGGGCGGGGCGGGGGAGGGGCACCGCGGGUUUUCUGGUUUUGGUUUUUUGUUUGUUUGUUUUAAUCUCAGCCUUGGCGUGAGCUGGGGUCUUCCUCCCUCUCCAGCCUCUCCCUUUCCCUCUUCACCCAGCAUACUGCCCCCUGUCCAAAACAGCAGGACAUCAGACCCACCCCAUUUCACCACACCACUCACCAGCUCUGGGAAAGCGACUGUGAACUAGGAGCAGGAGUCCUGGGUUCUAAUCACAGGCCCAUCACUGGCUGUGACAUCUAGCAAAACCCUUGCACUCUCUGGGCCUCAGUCUCCCCACCUCAAGUAAUCCCUUAGCAAAUGCUCUCUUUUAGACUUCUCAUUUAACUCAAUUCCCUGAGCCAGACUGGGAUUAAAAUUCCCAUUUUGAGGCCCAGAGUUGUGAUUUGCUUGAGGCCACACAGCUAGAUUUCUGGUGGAAGUAUACUUUCUGCAGUUUCUGACUGUAAAACCCAGUGUCCGCUCUCUGAGUUCCAUUUCCAACCCCUCUCCAGCUUAGACCCAUGUGGCCACCAUAUUCACCCACCACCUCCACCACUUGCCAAUGCCUCUCUUAAAGCAAUAUACCCGUUCGUUCUCUUAUUGGGAACCGGAUGGACAGAGCCCUAAAUUCAGCCCCACCCACAGAGAAGCCUUCCUAUGCUCAGCCUCUGUCCACCCUUGGCAAACCUUUUAAACUCUCUCCUCCAGGAAAGUGGGGCCCCAACUCAGUCACCCCAUCCCCUUCCAGGUCCCCGAGGCUGGGUCUGCUGUAUCCUCCUCCCCUCCACAACUCUGCUCCCCCUGACAGCUCCAUCCACCUCACCAGUUGGAAGGCUUGUGGUUCCAGAGAGGAGCAAGGCUGGUCAGUGCUGCCCAGACACUAGUGUUUACAGAUCACCAGCGUUUACGACCAACCCAAUGACCAGAAGCCUCCUCUCACAAGCCCAGAAGGAGUUCUGAAGGGACAGAUGGGGGUGUGAGUAGUGGGGGGUUCAGGAUUGCCAGCACUCUCACCCUUCCUUGGGAGCAACUACAGACGAGAACACUUUUUCCCCACCUCCCUCUACAGACGCUCCUGAGGACCCUGCAUCCCAUGCCCUGCCUGGUGUGUCCACAGGUGAGAGGAUCAGGCCUCAGCAUUCCAAUCUGUGAGAGAGGCAUGGCCCUGGGUUAGAAAGGCGGUCAGGAGGCAUAGAGGGACACCCAGAUGGUGCAGAUGGUUUGCACACCUGAGCCUGUCUGUGGUGACCACUCCUUUCCUUGCCCACUACCCUCCAAUCUAUUCCCUACUCUCUAAGGCCAAAAUAUCCUGAGCAAGGCUGGCAACCUCACCUCACCAUCCCAUCUACAAUUAGCCAGCCCCAGGAGUUCUUCUGGCUCCCACAGGCAUGGAGCUCCCAGCUGGUGGGUACAGCUCCAGAGUGGGGCAGCUCCCUCAGGCUAAGCUGCUGCCCUCCGAUGGGCCAUCCCUGCCUCCAGCCCUCACUCCUUUCACCCCUACUUCCCCAGGCCCCUUUCUACUCAACGGGUGUAGCCACUGGUGCUUUGAAGCCUUUUGUUUUUAUAAGACGGUUUUUGCAAGGGGACCAGGUUCUCUUUUGACUGGGACCUUGCAUGGAGGGGAAUGCUCUCCUGGUUUCUGUGCAGGUGGGUUGAUUAAAGAUGGUGUUUUCUUCUCUA